CUCAUUGUUACCACAAGUUAAAAAGAUCUUCCGAUUAUUUUUUUAUCUUAUCACAGGGACCUUAUUGUUAUCUUAUGUUUAGUUACGCGGUGUGCGUGGGCGCAGUGGAACGUUAACAUUUCUUGAAUAAAGAAAAUGUGUCGUGUGUGACGGGCUUUAGGGUGAGUUUACGGGAGUUUGGCUGACUUAGGGUGAAUUAGGGAGUUAAGCGUGAGUCCAGAUGUGGGGCAGGUGCACUUGACCAAUGGCUGAGAGGACGUGGCGGCACAUAGUGAAGGUCGCGACCAGGAAGCGUGCGUUCGAGCCUGAACGAGCGGCAAGUGAUUCUAGUCUUAGAAGAUGUCUGAACUGUUGGGACCUGACUUCACUGGGAGUGGGCAGCACACUAGGUAUCGGCGUGUACGUGCUGGUGGGAGCCGUGGCACUGAAGAUAGCUGGACCUUCCAUCCUGCUGUCAUUCCUUAUCGCUGCAGUCACCUCGUUGUUUGCAGCACUAUGCUACGCGGAGUUGGGAGCUCGGGUGCCGCUGGCAGGGUCGGCGUUCAUCUACACGUACGUCACCGUAGGAGAAAUGGUCGCCUUCAUGGUCGGAUGGAACAAUAUUCUCGAGUUCAUAUUCGGCACAGCGAGCGUGGCCCGAGGACUGAGUGCCUACAUAGACGCAGUCAGUAACCACACCAUGUCGGAGUGGAUGACGUCUGCCAUGCCUAUCUCCGACUCUUACGCCAUCUCUUCCUACUUCGACCUCUUCUCCUUUCUCUUUGUUUUGGCUAUGGGAGUCGUGAUGUCGUUUGGUGUGCGCGAGUCCUCCACAGUCAACAACGUGUUCUCUGCCAUCAACAUUCUGGUCAUCGCCUUCAUUGUCAUCGCUGGAUCGUUCAAAGUAAACUAUGACAACUGGUAUAUCCCUCCGGAGCAAGUGCCCGUGGGCUUUGGUACUGGAGGUUUCUUCCCUUACGGUGUAAUGGGAACUCUCAAGGGAGCUGCCAUUUGCUUCUACGGAUUCGUCGGCUUUGAUGUCGUCAACUCUUCAGGAGAAGAAGUAAAAGAGCCGAGUAAAAAUAUACCUAUAGCGAUCCUGUCGAUCCUGCUGAUUGUGUUCAUGGCGUACGCUGGUGUUAGCAUCGUCGUUACAAUGAUGGUCCCAUACUAUGAGAUGGUAGCUGUUGCCUCAGUGUCGACAGCUUUCAGUCAUGUGGGAUGGGAGUGGGCGCGGUGGAUAGUCACUGUUGGAGCUGUUUUCGGUAUUUCAACAAGUUUGUUCGGCGCGUUGUUUCCCCUGCCUCGGCUACUGUACUCGAUGGCCAAUGAUGGACUCUUCAUCCACUGGUUCGGCAGAGUCUCCCGCAAGAAGUCACCUAUCAUUGCCACUGUCAUACCAACUGCUAUUAUUUCAAUCCUGGCAGCAUUCUUGGAGUUGGAACAGCUCGUGCUGAUGAUGUGCGUUGGGACUCUGUGCUCGUAUACGAUCGUCGCUGCCUGUGUUAUAUCGCUUAGACAUCGAUCAGACUACGUUCCUGAGGUGUCAGCUCCUCUAGUGAAGCAGAUCAUCGGUCUCGGAGGCAGGACAGCUACAAGGACAACCAGCGUAGUCAUCAAUAUAGCCAUGAUUGCAUACCUUUGUAUAUGCCUAACAAUAGCUCUGGUGGUUGUCUAUGCAGCAGAGCCUUUGAUCCCAGCCAUCAUUCUUCAUGUGUUCAUGUUGCUCGUCGUCAUCAUCAUGGCCGUUCAACCAUCCUGUGAUGAGAAAUUGGAUUUCAAAACUCCACUCGUGCCAUUUAUACCCUGCCUCAGCAUAUACACCAAUGUACAUUUGAUGGUCAUCAUCAACAUCCAUACUUGGAUCAGGGUCAUUAUAUGGAUUUUAUUAGGAAUACCAAUUUACUUUAUAUGCAUAAACUGUUACAAGCAAAAUGCAAGCAAUUCACUAAAAGAGGAUAUAAAAGAUAAAACACAUAUUAAUAAAAAUGGAAAAUCACCUACUGUAGUGCAAAUUGUAGUGGAAUCACCCACACCUCCGCGCACAAUGGCACGGCCAGAUGAACAAAUGGAAGAGUAUAAUGACGAACAAGAAAUUCACAGGGAGUUGAAAGAUCAAGCCAUACGAGCAAAGAAAAUUGAUGAGAUUUUGGUACAAGAGGUUCAAGUAGAAACCAACGAAGAAAAGGAAGCAAACAUUAUAGACUUAUUAGAUCAAGUCCUGCAGGCUGAGGAAGAUACUUACAGUGAAGUUAUAAGCCUGAAGGAAAGCAAGGACGAUGAUACUAAUUCAGCCGGGGUCGCCAUUAUACCUCACAGGAAAUCUUUGAGUGAAUUAUCCGAUGCAGAAUCCGACGCGUCGUUAGGUAAUCAGGUGUUAUCUAAAUAUGACGUGAUUGCACAAGUGCAUAGAGAAGAUUUGCCGAAAGUAAGUGAAGAAGAAGAAAAAACAGACAGCAAUGAUGAUAAUAUUCCUUUUGAAGAUGAAGAAAUAACAGCAUUUAACGAUAGUGACUCUAAUUCACGCACAGAUGAAUCAGGAUAUUCAGACACAAUCGAUAGGCAAGCCAGUGAAUCGUUGGAUGAACCUGCUCCUAAUAUACCACCACCACCGCCUUUUGAUGAAAACUUUUUUAAGAGCAAUUAUAAUAAUUAUAACAAAUUUUAUACAGUAAACGCUAUGCAUCCUAAAAGAGAACCACAACCAGAUGAAGAUGAUGAUGAUGUAACCGAACCUAGAGUAAGCGUACAGUCAAACAAUUCACAAGGUGAUGGUAAUAUUAGAUUUGGUAGUGAUAGACAAAUCAAAUUCAUGUCGAAAUUAAAUAACAUUUUCCAAAAAAAUAUUCCUACUGAGGAUGAGAUUGAAAAUGAACCAAGGAGAAGAUCACAUUCAACAGGAAAUGCGCCUGAUAUAGAACAAGCAGUGAAUCGUGAGCGUCCGUCAUUAUUUUUAGAUUUGAAGAAAGAGUUGUUGUCCCGAGAGGCAGCACAAAAUCUACGUCCUGUUAACGUAGAAGUUAAACCACCAGACGAAAAGGCUCCAGAAGCUGAAUCAUCAGAACCCGAACCAGAGGAAGAUCAAUCAUUAAGCAGAGCAGAUUUAAAGAAUAAGUUAGAAAAUAUAUUUGCGGUGGGAGGUCCACAGCUUAUUAAACCAAGAUUAAUGAAGUCUAAUCCACCAACACCAGACGAAUCAAAUGCAACGGAUCAUUCUAGUACAGAGAGUAUAGCAAAGUUACCGAAAGUUGAUAAAAAUGAUACAUUGAAGAGACAAAGGGCGAAGUUCAGUGAAGUUUUGAAUUCAUUCCGAUUUAGUAUGAAUGCAGAUGACAAAGUGUAAUUGUUUGAAAGUGAUAUUAAGGGAAGCAGUACAAGUUUUUGAACUUAUUGAAGAACAAGGUGUGCGAAUUGUUACAAUUUUGUAUUGUUUGUUCGGCUAAGGUUUUGGACAGCUCAUAUUUAUUGUAAAUCAACUAAUUUUCCUAAUAUUUUGAUACACAACUAGUACUUAGUCGUACGAUAAGUGCCUUAUUUUGUAAUAGAUAUUUAUGUAUGAUCGAUUUCAUGAUUACCAUCCUUAUUGACGUUGAAUGCCAUUCCAUGUUCAAAC